AUGGACAUCCGAAGAAGGGCUACCCAAAGGGAAAUGGAACAAGGGAUGCAGGAGAUGCAGUUAGCCCAAAAACGAAUGGAAGAAGAAAGUAAACAAAGGGGUGAAGAGGCCAUAGAAGAUGGAAGGAUAGAAGAAAGGGAUGAAGCAGCUAGUAGUUUAGAGGAUGAGGCGAAGAAAGGUGAAGGUGUUUUGGUUUUGAGUAGUGCCACUCCUGACCAACCACAGGGUCAGCCUGUCUCCCUCCGUCCAGCAGUUCCAGCAACUCCGCCGCCUUCACAGCCACCUCAGAGCUUUUCGAAGAGUGCAUCGGCAUCAGAAAGGCCGACUCCAGCUUUGACGGCAAGGCAAAGUGAAGAGAAGAGGGCAGGAGAGGGUGGAAACCAGGGUUUAGAAGGGGAAGAAAGGGUUCAAGAUCCUAGUGUGAGAGGCUUCGCCAGUUCCUCUCCCAAUGGCUUAGCUGCAACCCCUCAAGAUGUGAAGAAAUCAGAAUUUGAAAUGGCCUAUACUCCUCUUUUUACUCCUGAACAAUUCUUGGAAUCUGAAGAAAGAAGGUUCAACGAAGAGCUUUUGGAAAGGGAUAGGCAGUUGGCGAUGUUGCAGAAUAGAAUGGUUGUAGAACAAAGUGAAAGAGAAGAGAUCAAACGACUUUUGGUCUCUGUCCUGAAUGAGAAUCAGAAGUUGAAAGAAAGGAUUCUAGCUGUAGAAUCACAACCUGCAGAACCUGAGGCGCGUUUUGCAACUCCAGAUAGCAUCUCCAAGGACGGAAGUGGUCAAGCUGAGCGAAGUUUUGGCAUAGAAACCACUCGUUUGCAAGGGAUGAACCUGGAGAAGGUUUUCGGUAAGGAGGCUGCAAGACCCCCAAAAGAGGACGGGUCAGUUGGCCAGCAAGUUUUCCCUGAGGCUGUGAGACCCCCAAGGAUCGAAAGUUCAAAUGGUGAUUGUGGCGAAGCUUGGAAGAAAGGUGAAAGAUUUGUGGAUGGGCCCAGAGGCCAACAAGAAAGAAGUCGAGAAGAAGACUUCAACUCAAAGACUAUGGAAUUCAUGUUCCUGAUGAUGCAGUCGAUGAGAGACCUGCAGCAGAAGAUCAGCGAUGGAAAGAAUGAUGAAGGAGCGGUGAUGGGAGUGGAGGUGGUUCGCUCGGGUGCUCCAGAUUUGCCCGAUCUGAUGCCUUGGACGUCUGGGACUGGGCCACUUGAACUUGGUGAUUGGAUGUUGCUCUUGAAUCCCAUCAUCUCUGACCUCACCACCUCUUCUCAAGAGUGGUGGGAAAUCAUGACACAGGAGGUGGAAGCUUGGUAUCAGCGGCAUGUUUCAUUGAGCCCCCUUGAUCGACUGAAUCAUGGCUUUGCUGCCCCUGCUUCUCUACAACAACCUCGUUGGCAGCGAUUGGAAAGGCGGGUUUCAACUAUGAUCAUGAAGGCCAUCCCAGAAUCUUGUUGCGAAGAACUGGUGGCAGCGAGAAGAAUGGAUGUUUUUGGUGUGCUCACAUACUUGUUCACAACUUACUCACCAGGUGGUGUAGCAGAGAAACAGACCCUGCUCAAAAGCUUGGAGGACCCGGCAGAAAUCACUUCAGUUCAAGAAGCACCUGGAGCGAUCCGCAAAUGGAUGAGAUGGCGCCGUCGUGCCAAAGAAGUCGGCGCUGUGGAGCCGGACCCAGCUUUGUUGCUCAAGGGCCUCAACAAGAUGACCCGUCGGGUGCUCGAAUCGCAUCGCGACAUCCAGUUCCGUGUCUCUCUUGUCCGGAACACCCUGUCGGUGGACACAACUCCAACUUCAUCUUCGGUGGACCAACUUGCUGCACAUCUUCUUGCUGAACUUGAACAAUGUGCGAUGACUGACAAGAGAUCAAUAACCACAACGGCGAAGAAGGAGUGUACGUGGUCGCAUGAACAGCGAGACGAAUUGAGGAGAUGCUACGUGUGCGGCAGCUCACAACACUUAGCACCAAGCUGCACACGACCGAAAUCGUCUUCAACCUCCCCAGAAAAGUCUGCCCCAAAAGCGAAGCAGCUGAAGACUGAGGAAGAGAAGGUUGGAGGCAAGAAAGAAUCUGAAGAAGCAGCGGCAUCGACACAAGAUUCCGCUAUGAAAGACUUGAUAGAUGAGGCGAGUAUAGGUGCUGAAAAGCAUCUCAGGAGCUCCAUCUUCAUCGGCGACUCAGAAGGAAAAGAAGAUUUGAUGGAAAGACUUCAACAGCAGUUGAACUCCCUGAGGCAGAAACAAAAAGUUCUCAGGCUUCAAAAGAUGGCGACAGGAGAUCAAGCUGGUCUCAUUGACUCUGGUGCGACACAUCCUCUUCGACCACAGAAAAACGGAGAGGUGACAGCUGGCUUCCCAGUCGUGGGAGUCUCUUUGGCAGAUGGAAGAAGGAUUCAAUUGAAGAUGUCACCUGGAGGAGCGAUGAUCUCUCCUGACCCAAUGGUGGAACCGAUAGUUCCGAUGGGCCCCCUUGCAGAAGUUCUUGGGUGCGAGAUUGCAUGGAAGGAUGGAAAGCUCUCCAUACGACAUCCACUACGAGGUGAUUUGAAAGUUUCGCAGCACAAUGGCUGCCCUCAAGUCAGUCGUCAACUGGCUUUGGACCUGAUCUCAGAAUUGGAAGAUGCAAAUCAAGGUUUGAAGAGAGGUCUUGAGAUGAGCGAUGAAUUUGAAUGGCUGCAAGCCAUGGUCAAAGCCCAUCCUGUUCUCGCUCAACUACCUGAUCACAUCAAAGAGCGACUUGCAGUGCAACCAGGUGAUUGGAAUGGUCUUCCUUGCAAUCGGAGAUGGAGGAGGGCUAUGCAAAGAGAUGGACUGCUUUUACAUCUCUACGCUGGAGAAGAUUCAGGCUUCACGUUUGGAAAGGCCUGGAAACAGUGUGGGGGAGAAGAAAGAAUUUUGUUGGAAGUAGAUGUUAAAAGAGGGAGCCAACAUGACAUGAUUCCUGACGACGGCAUCUACGCGUCUUUGAUCACUGCAGCCAUCCAGGGCAAGAUCUUGGGAAUUGCGGGCGGGCCAAACUGCCGCUCUCGCAGUGUCUUGAGGCACUAUGAGAUUCCUGGAUGUGAUACUGCACCUCGGCCUGUCAGAGCAUGGAAAGGAGAGGAGUAUGGGAAGAAAGAUUUGAGUGAAAAAGAGAAGAAAAUGGUGGAAGAGGAUGACAUCCUUUUGUGGCGUCAAAUUUUUCUUUUCAUGAUUGCAACAUAUGCUCGACGAGCUCGAGGGCAUGAUCAUCCACUGGCUUUUGUGCUUGAGCAGCCAUCUUCACCACGAGAGUACAAGCCUGAAGUUGUCUCAUUUUGGGAUCAAUGGGAAUGGCAUGAAAUUAAAAAGGAGUUUGAGUUGAAGGAGACGCACUUCACACAAAAGAGCUUGGGUGGGGAAGCCACGAAACCCACCACUUUGGGAACUUCACUUGAUUUGGUUCCAGAAGAUUUUCAAAUCAAAGGUCCUGUUUGUCCUGGGGGAGUUCGAUCGUCAAAAGAUCUUGCUCGGUGGCCACCUGGUCUGAUGCGGAUGUUAGCUGUGGCCAUCAAAGAACAGACCAUGCAAUCACAUGCAAGGAUUGCUCCUAUGUCUUGGGAGGAUCACAUCAGAUUUGGCCACGUUCCCUAUCGCAAAGACUGCAAGACAUGUCAGGAAACCCUUCAACAACAAGAACCUCAUCGCCGAGCCCGGCAUCUUCAAACUGGCACUUUGUCUCUGGAUGUGGCUGGUCCUUUCACACCGCACGUUGGUUUUCGACUGGCGUUUUGGUGUGGCGUGUUCCAAAAGACUCUGACAAAAUGCGCCAGCCACCAGAUGAAGAACUCCAAGGAGGAUCAAUCCAACUACAUCCUGGUCGCUCCUCCUACCAUCUUUGUCAAGAAAGGCUGCUUGCGACCUGGAACACUUUACAGGCCAAAAAGAGCGGUCUAUGGGUUGAGAAGAUCUCCAAGAUUGUGGGGACUUUGCAGAGAUAGCGAGAUGAGAAGUUUUGAAGUAGAAGUAGAAAAGAAAGAAGGAGGAAAGAUCAAGCUGCAGUUGAGGCAGCUGGAUUCUGAGCCAAACCUUUGGCGUCUGGAAGAAGUUGGAAAAGAAGAAGGAAGCGAGCCAAGCAUUCAGUAUGGCUUGGUCAUGACCUAUGUAGACGACAUUUUCAUCACUGGCCCCCCUGAAGUCACCAGAGCGGUGGCACAGAAGUUCCAAGCGACUUGGACCACGUCAGAACCAGAAGUCGUGGGGGAGGAAGCCAUUCGCUUCCUUGGCAUGGAAGUGUCAACCUCAAAGAAUGCCGAAGGUCGAGAUGUUUGGCAUGUCACCCAAGAAUCCUUUGUCAAGGACCUGGUGAAACGGCAGGCCAAAGAAGUUCAGCCAAAGAAGAUCCCAAUCACUCGGGACCAAGCUCUGAUGACUUUGGACCCAAGUCCACCAACUUUGGAGAAAGUCAGAAAAUGUCAGAAAGUGGUAGGUGAACUGCUUUGGGUUCUGACGCGAACUCGUCCGGACCUCAUGUACAGCAUCUCAAGGCUGGGCUCCAACGUCACAAAAGCCACCAGCUCAGUUCUUGAGGCAGCUGAUCAAGUUCAAGGAUACCUUCUGAAAACUUGUGCAGAAGGGCUCCGCUACCAAGAUGAUGAGAAAGAACCAAUCAAGAUACAAGUUUUCUCAGAUGUCAGCGAUGCCCCCAACGAUGAAGAAUCUUUUGGAUGUUUCAUCAUCACCUUGAAUCGAGCUCCGAUUUUUUGGAGAGCCGGCCGCCAACAUUUGGUGACAUUGUCAACUGCAGAGGCCGAAUUGGCCGAACUGGUGGAGGCCAUGACCGCCGGUGAGUCUGUGGCAGCCAUUGUGGAUGAGCUGAUUGGAUAUGUGCCACGUGGAGCCUUCACUGACUCCCAGUCUGCAUUGGCGAUCAUCACAGCGGAUGGAGGCAACUGGCGCACGAGACACCUUAGAACUCGGGCGUCUUACGCUCGACAGACUGUGCUGUCUGGGCGAUGGGUGAUACACCAUUCCCCGGGCGAAUUUUUGACCGCCGACAUCGGCACCAAACCUUUGUCUUCGAAACGUUUGGAGACGCUUCGAGAGAUGAUGAUGAUGGGAAGUCCACCAAAGAAAGAGGAGAUCAAACAGGAGGAGAAAGAUGAAGAACAGAAAGAAAAAGGUGAGACGCUGGCCAAAGCCAUCAAGGUCAGCGACGACAUGAUUCGUUUGGUUACCACAAUUGCCAUUUUGGCAGUGGCUAGAGGAGAUUCAGAAGAUGAAGAAGAAGAAGGAGGGUAUCAAGCCCUUCAAUCCAUGUUGGCAGUUUUUGCCAUCUUAAUGGUGCUGCUGACGCUCUUCGUCCAAUGGCUUUGGAAGGUUGGAGUACAGAUUGCAAGGCGUCAGAAUCUUUCGCCUGAAGCGACUGGAAGUCGCCCUGAAGUCAGAGGCCCAGUCCGCCUCCAGCCGCGGGAGAGAGGUGGUGAGUCAGACGAUGUACCACCUCGACGACCCCGCCAAGGGCCCACCGAGAUGGUGGAGCGCCCACAAUUCCUUCCCAGUGAAGAAGGAAUAGAAAAUGAAAGAGAAGAAAAUGAAAGAGAAGAAAAUGACAGGGGAGAAGAAACAGAAGUUUCAAGCACUAGCAGCUCAGAAGAGUCCAGUGACAGCUUAGGAGAAAGAAUCGAAAAUGAGCUGCAGAACAUCGAGGCCGAAGUCGCAGAGAUUAGAGAAAGGUUGCGCAUCACUCCACCGGAGGAUGAACCAGAUGCAGAAGGACCUGGCUUUGGGGUAUUGACCACAAGAUAUGGGAAGGCAUAUCAUCUUUCCCAUCAGUGCCCCUACUUGACCAAUCCCAGAGUGCCCAAGGCGCCAAGGUGGGACUACAGUAGCCCCUGGUGCCCACAGGAAGGUGGCUAUGGCUAUGAGGCCCCUUUUCCGGAUGAUGUCGACCUGGACACCUACUUUCAAUACGUCAACGAAGGUGGAGGCUGCAAGGAUUAUCAGGGCAUCAAGACCGGGGGCUGGAAAUUCACGGGCUCUGGCUGCGUGGAUGGCGCUUGUCCUGGUUCUGAUGCUCCUCUCUUUGGUCAACCAGAUGGCCGAACAGAUGUGGAAGGUUGCUGCUGGUGGGGCCGCGGGGUGAUCCAAACAACUGGCACCUGUAGCAUGGCGAGGUUGAAUUUCUACAUGGGCAAGCGAGCAGCCGACGAGGGACGUAGCUCUAUCUAUCCCUCCAUCGACUUUUGUAAAAAUCCCAACUCCAUCUGCGAUCCGAACAGUCCAGCUGAACUGAAGUGGGUGGCCGGUAUGUUUUACUGGCUCAAUGCAGUGCAACCCUACAAUUCUGGUGGCUGGAACUACAUCAGUGAACUGAAGAAGUGGGUGGACAAUGGCAUGAACACCGGCGAUAGCUCCUUCAUCAACGGUGCCUCUGGCAUCGUGAACCGCGGCUGUCACAACCCGCCGAACUGCGGAACCGGAGAGUUGCACGCUGGAGCAAAGCGGGCUGAAAACUUCCAAAAAGUGCUGAAGGCGAUGGGUUUGGUUUGA